AUGGAAGACGCUUCAAAUAAAAAUCCAAGACAGACAGUAGGGUUUAUUUCAUUGUUAACUUUCUCCUGGCUGGGUGAUAUUCUCAAACUGGGCAGUAAGCAUCCUCUGCAGGAGAAGCACUUGAUUCCACUGGAACGUUCAUUUCAGGCGAAGGACCUUGUUGAUUUCUUGGAGAGAGAGUGGUUAGCAGAAGUGCGAUGGUCCCAACAAAAACGAACAAAGCCUCGCCUUUGGAGAGCCAUGCUGAGGAUAAUUCCUUACAGAGAAUACAUUAUUUUGGCGCUCUUGAGAAUAUUUUAUUCACUAUCAAUGAAUCUCCUCCCUUUGAUGGUUUGGCUUUUCUUGAAAAGCAUUUCUUCAGGUAGCAGUGAAAUAAGUUACGCAUCCUGCCUGCCUUUGGUGGUCUGUAUUUCUGUGACCUCAGUUGCACGAAAUAUGUUUGGAAUGCACGGAGUAUUCAAGGGAGAAAUGUGUUCAAUUAGAUUCAAAGUGGCUGUGGUUGGACUGGUUUACAAAAAGGUAUUUAUAUUUAUGAAAUAUGACUAAAAACAAUUACUGGGGUUAGUCUUAAAACAACUAAGGAAAUACUCGUGGGAUUCUUUACAAAGUUUUGGAAAAUCAAAGGAACGUAAGAUCAGUAUUUUCUUUUAUUAAAUUGACACUAUUGCUUUUAACAGGCUAGGGUCGGUGUACGGUUGUUGCUUUCACACAAAUGUACAUCACAGAGACACGCCAUAGGGUCAUGUGCUCGCUAGAAUGUACUCAGAGCAGUUAUUACCGUCUGUAUGAAAUGUUCCAAAAGCGAAGAAAAUCAGUGGCAUUGACGAUUCUAUAUUAGCAGUCGAAAAUCCGUUAACGGGUUUCUCUGAAGAAGAUUCAACCUGUCCUUCAGAAUUCAAGAAUUUAUUGGAAAAGAUGGUUGUAUAUAUCACUUCUGUCUAACGUGAAGUAUCAAGAUACGGAAGGGUACGUAAUAGCCUGCGGACACAGAUGCGAUAUUUCCGGUCGUCGCUUCUCCGAUCCUCUCCACCCGAAAAGUAGCUCUCGGGUGGAGAGAAGCGACGACCGCAAAUACGUCUGUGUCCGCUGGCUAGGUAAGUAACAGAGUGUUUCUAUUUCUUUUGUUUUCCUUUUUUUAGAUUCUUUCUGUUAACAGAUGUGUCUUAGAAGAUAGUGUUUCGGAAAACACCAUUAAUCUUGUUUCCAACGACGCCCAAGUCAUUGAGAAAUCUGGACGACAUGUUUUCAAUGCGUCAUUUGCAAUCCUGGAUGUAACACUCGCUUUGAUUCUUCUGUGGUACUUAGUAGCCUGGCAAGCACUGAUAGGAGUUUUCAUCUUCGUAUUAGUCAUUGUCUAUGAUACCCUGGCAGCUCAUAAAUCCGGACGGCUUCGCGCUAAAGCUUCCGCACAAACCGAUAGAAGAUUGGAGAUAAUAAAAGAGAUUGUUUCUGGAAUCCGUUUGGUGAAAAUGUACGCUUGGGAGGGGAACUUCAGGGAACUGGUUGCACAAUUGAGACGGUAAGUAGUUUCUGUUAGUUUAUUGUUUAACUGACAAGAAUCAGUCGAACUUUAUUAGUUUGAAGUCCAGACGUAUGAACAACUUGCACUAAAGAGGAGCUUAUGACAUGCACUGACUGCAUACCAGAGGAGCUCUGCUGCAGAGGCCACAUCCUAGUCACCUUGACACUAUGGGUCGGUUAUUGCUCCCGCAGGGUUCCGACCCAGAGGCCGGAACCCGAGGAGGCACCCUAGAUUCCCCCACGUAAAGAAGUAUCGUUUUUUCGUUGUAUUGCCGGGUAAUAUGCGAAAUCUUCUCGAUUUGAAGAAACUAAUCGGGCAAGUUGAUUUCGGUUAAUUUUUCAGCAUGCGCGAAAGGCGGUCUUGGGUAAUUCUGGUUCAGCAAGCGCGCAACGUAGUAUUGGGAAAUUCUGGAAACACGUCGUUGACUGGUCAGCAUUAGAUUCCAUCCUCUAGAACUACCUUCCCCUAUAACCUACACUCACAUGAAAUUUCUUAGUCUCUUCAAAUUUCUAAUCUUCUUAUAUUUUUCUAACUCAAAAUCUCUUCAAUUAAUUUAAAAAAAAAGGGAGAUUAAUUAAAUAUGGCAAAAACGGGAUUCGAACCCGAGGUCCUAGGAACUAAAAUCCAUCGCCAAUACCACUACACCACAGUGGAUUCGACUGCAAUUUAUACUUUCGUUUUACAUAUUUAUUAUAGUGACAAACCCAACAGUAAACUUAUGAAAGCUAAUCAUUUUGAACUACUGCUAGUUUAAACGAAGUCUUACUUGAGCCGCCGUUUAACAAAUCUUUGGACCCAGCCCACAUCACUUCCUUAAUAGUGAAUUAUAUUAUGAAAAUAAAUGUUUUUCUAGUCCACUCUAUAUGCUUUCACAACCGUUUCAUAAAAUAUUGAGCAAACUGAAAAUGGCCUAGAAUUUCUUUCAAGCCUCUCCCUAUUGGCUAUGCCGCGCCUGAGCUAGACCAUAUGAAGGAACACAGAGCAGGGGUUGAGCAGGGCAGCAAGUAAAUAUCUUCCUAUAAGCCAGCUUACAACAACGCCUUGGCCUUUUUAGUGCGAAAAAAAAACCAAAAGUUUUAAGUGGAUUAUCUGUAUCAUUCUUUAACUCAGGUAUAGUCAGUGCAUCAGUGCAAGAGAAUUACAGCAGUUUUAAUGAAAUUUUUCGUACGCGAGAGCGCCGUGCGCUAGAAAUUUUAAAAGAAAUGUUGACGCUCUGAAUGAUUGAAAUCUUAUGAACAAUUUAUAAUACUAUUUCGCAGAAAAGAAAUGUCUCUGAUAAGUGUCCGUGGGUUUUUGGCCUCCACUAUCUACGCUCUGUUCUUCAUCAGCCACACCAUCGCAGGGUUUCUAUCAGUUACAACACUGGUUUUCACUGAACACAGCCUUACAUCUUUCACAGUGUUCACACUAUUUUCAGUUAUAGCGAAUAUCAAGUUUGUUGUAACAGUCUUUAUUGGAGAUAGCCUAAUAUGGAUUGCAGAGUCAAUGAUUGCAUGCAGAAGAAUGCAGAGAUUGUUAGAAACGAAACCAGUCAUGGAAUCUUCAAUGAGCAAACGAGAGAAUAUUUCUCCUUUAAAAGUUUAUUUUAAAGGCUGGAGGUAUACACCACCCUUAGUUAGAACAGAGAGUUUCAAACCAGGGAAACCAGCUUUGAUGAGUCUUCAAAAGAUUAAGGACGUCCAAGCUGUUCAACCGCAGGCCAUGUUAGAAAACAUUUCCAGUUUUUGGAACUAUACUUCAGAUCGCCCAGCAUUACAAAACGUUUCAUUGCAAGCUUCUAGUGGCCAACUAAUAGGUAUAACUGGACCAGUAGGGAGUGGCAAAACAUCUUUACUGAUGACCAUCCUGGGAGAACUUCCAAUAUCAUCUGGUCAAAUGUCUUGUAUUGGAAAAAUGGCUUACGUAUCCCAAACGCCUUGGGUCUAUUCUGGCACGCUGAGAGAGAAUGUAGUCUUUGGUAUGCCUUUCGUCGAAGAAAAGUUUAAUAAGAUCAUCGAGGUGUGCGACCUAGGAAAAGAUCUAUCACGAUUUCCAAAACGUGAUCUCACGGAGAUAGGGCAACGUGGAGUAAUCCUGAGUGGCGGUCAGCGUGCACGAGUGAGUCUGGCACGUGCAAUUUACUCAGAUGCUGAUAUCUACUUACUAGAUGAUCCUCUCAGUGCAGUGGAUGCCAAAGUCGGCAAACAUUUGUUUGAAAAAUGUAUUGACGGAUUUCUAGCUGGGAGGGUGCGUAUUUUGGUGACACACCAAUCACAGUUCCUCCAACAUACAGACAACGUUGUAGUACUCCACAAUGGUUCCGUAGAGUACCAAGGUACCUUUAGUCACAUGGAAAAAGAAACAAUGGGAAAGUUUUCUAUUGUUUCUCAAAGAAGUCAAGAGACUGAUAUAGAUGAUCAUGCAAACGUGGUUGGUGAAGAUGAAGCUGUCAAGAGCGUCAAUAUUGUCCAUAAACUUGGAGAGAGAGUGGAUCUAAAAGAAGAGGAAGAGGACCGAAUGGUUGGGACUGUAAAAUGGCAAUUGUAUUGGAAGUACUUUAGAGCCUCCCUUUCAACUCGUCAAAUUUUUAGCCUUGCCUGCUUCUUCGUCGUUGUCCAAGGUAUUUAUAACUACAAAAUUAAUAGGACAGUUUAAUAGGACAGUAAGUGUCAUGCGCUUUGGGUGCUGUAAUAAGACAGUUGAACUUCAAUGGGUUUUUUUGUUUGUUUGUUUCGUUUACUUCUAGAAAAAACUCAAGGGUAUCUUGUGCUUGUCUCUGAUUUUGAUUUUGUUAUGAUUCAAUGGUAAGAGGUUUUCUUGUCCUCGUAUUCGGUCUGCAAUCAUACUCGUAAUCAAACACCUAGAGUCUUGCUACGCGGUCGUUCCUUUAAUCUCUGGUGCAAUUACAGGUCGAACUGGACUCCGCUAAGUCAUAUUAUUAUACAUUGAACUCACUAUCUCUUUUCUGAUUGGCCGAAAUCGUACACUGAAUUUUCGAAAUCAGCGCCUGGGACGUCAUCUAGCUGCAGAUUAUACAAUAAUCAAGUCAAGGACACUCAAGGUCACGGGUAAUCAUGAUUUCUAUAUGAUUUCUAAGGUUAAUCAUGUCAAGUUCGCGCGCUUUGUGUUGCUUGCCGUCAGUGAAGAAGCAAAAACAUGACUUCCAGGUUUUCUUCGUUGACCUAGCAAGACAUCGAGAAAGUAGUUGAAGACAAGGACUCACAAAAAUCGCUGGUUGCUGAUUACGUGAAAGAGAAAAAACUGAGAGAACCUGAGGAAAAGAAAGAGUUAGCACAAACUUUGAAAACAUGUUAUGUCGAAGCGCGAAAGAAAGGAUUCGUUCAAUGUAUAAGAAAACAAUUAUUAGAUUCGGUUUUUGUGAUAUUCUGAAUAAUUAAGGUAUCGGUAAGGGUUAUCAGCCUCAGCCUUCGGCUUCGGCUGAUAACCCCUACCUCGACCUUAAUUAUUCUGGAUAUCACAAAAACCUCAUCGAGUAAUUGUUUAUUAAAAUUAUACACUUCAUGUCUUUAUCUCUCCUUUUAUGACUUAGGAAACUGUUGCUUACUAGGUUCAGGGGUGUGUGUUGAGUUUGUGUUUUUCCAAUUUUACCGCCUUCUGUAACGCCACUUUCCUCCAUGCUAUGAUCUCGAGCUGAUCACGAGGGGAAUAUAGUUACUCAAAUUUAUCACGAUAAAGGUACAUUUUAUUUUAGUCAAGGCCACCUGACUAAGAAUCAACCAAUGGCUGUCCCUGUUUAGUUGAGUGAAAGUCUAGGGAUAUAACAGUUUACCUGAGUAAAUCACUUCUCAUAAACUAACAAUGACUAGACACCACUGGAUCAAAUACACAAUUUGUUUGUUUGUUUGUUUGUUUUUGUUGUUGUUUCAGUUUUAUGGAUCGCUCCGUAUUGGUGGGUUUCACGAAUGAUCGACAUGCCAAAAGAAAAACAGAAGGACUUUACAACGCUCCUGGUGUAUGGAUCCAUUGUCACAUUGUCCUUGGUGUUUACAAUUGUAUCCUCGUUUUGCUUUUAUCUGACAGCUUUAAAGGCAUCAGAAAAUCUUCAUAACAAGAUGACUAAAGCGGUUAUUGAAGCACCAGUCAUCUUCUUUGACACAAACCCGGUUGGUCGUAUCUUAAAUCGCUUCUCUAAAGACAUUGGUAGUAUGGACAUUAUGCUUCCACCACAAUUUCUCCUCGCAGUGCUAUGUUGUCUUUAUUUUUGCAGUGCCACCAUCCUGUCUGCUGUGGUAAACGUGUGGUUAUUCAUCAUUUGUGUUCCACUGACCAUUUUGUUUAUCUACCUUGCAAAGUAUUAUUUGAAAUCCUCUCGGGAAAUCAGACGGCUGGAGGCAGUGACUUCUAGCCCUGUUUAUUCACUCAUUGCCGAUACCAUAGCAGGAUCCGAAGUAAUUCGCUCAUCGAAGAUGGAAGAUGAUCUCCUGCAGAAAUUUUUCAAGUAUGUAACUUAAUUUGCUCCUGAAUGAUUUGCUCCUGAACGGCGUUCGGUAUGUUAUGCUGACGAAUAUGGGUAUAACUUUAAUUCUUAAUUUUCAUUUUUGUAAGCGUGUCGACCAGUUAAAACAAUUGUUCUAGGUGUACAUAGUAUUUGAAAUGACUAUAGUUUAACUUUUCCUAAAGUAUGAUUAACUUACCGUAGACCAGCAGGCGGGUAUGUUUCUAUUAAACACUCAGUGAUUCAUAAGAACUGGCAAUAAAAGAAAAAAGAGAAGAACACAUUCCUUCUGUGUCAAUUAUUUUAGGUACCAAGACAAAAACACAUCAGCCUUAAUAAUGCUACUGGCAUCAACACGCUGGCUUGGGCUCCGUGGAGAUUCAAUAAGCAACGUUCUGGUGACGUCCGUUUCAGUUGGAGCCAUGUUAGCGACACAAAGCCCAGGUGGGUAUCUUUAUCGUCCUCGAGAAUAAGCUACUUUAUUUGAAAAGGUUUUUUUUUUCAGCAUCUAGUUAUCCCUAAAAUGAUAGUUAAUUUGUUUUUUAAAAUGAUCUCAAGCCCUUUUUUCCACAAUGAAACCAAGACGAAUGCCUGGCGGUGCCUCAUUCUGGAAAAUCGGCUAACUUGGUGUCAGAAACAAAGAGUCGUUUUCUAUAAGCCAAGAUGCGCCAAUAUUGAAUGCGUUUGUAACAGAAACAACGACAAAUAUAUUAAAAGUAUAUAGAGCGACAGUAUCAAGCCAAAUAAAGAUUUUCCUAAGGUUGACGUAGUCUCCGCCUGGUAAUAUGAAAUGAAAAAGAGAGCGAAAAAAGCAUUGAAUUGUGAGACCAGUGAACUCAUGUUUCACAGUCCACCAGUAUAUUUUUAACAGAGAUGUCGUACUAUAAGACGCGCGUCAGAGGUUCCCUUAAGUUUUUAUACCCCAUUGAUACAGGAAAGUGAUAGGAAAACUUAGUCGUGACACUGGAGGUAGAACCAUUUUCAGGAUCACGGAUCCCAACAAGUUCCUCAAGGGAUAAACUUUCUGAGGGUUAAUAUUUCACUAAGUCUGUAUGUCCGUCAUAAUUAAAAGGAUAACCACUGGAUUCUGAUGCUUCAUGAACUAAAGCGGCUAAGCCUUCGUUUGCUUUCCUAUCAGCUGUAAUAGGUACAUAUUUUGUCUUUCCUCUUAACCCGUUCUUCCGAUUAAGUGUUACUCUGUCUGGUCGGCUACUAAUUCUCGGAAAGUAGAAGAAAACGUUUGUGUUUGUUUGCAGCGCUGGCUGGCAUGUCUCUGACAUUCGCACUGGAGACGUUAGAGGCUGCACAGUUUGGCAUUUACGUCGCUUCGGAGACAGAAAAUCACAUGACAUCAGUGGAAAGAGUAUUUACCUACACGGAAAUCGAUCCAGAGCCUGGGUAUUGCACAGAAACCCAACCUGCUCCUGAAGACUGGCCAACAGCGGGCUCCAUGGCAUUACAUGACUUGUCGCUUACAUAUUUAGAAGGUGCUCCCGCAAUUUUGAACGGCAUAAACGUUUGCUUCGCAGCUCAGGAAAAAGUUGGAGUAGUAGGUCGCACUGGAGCUGGAAAAUCGUCUUUGGUGGCUGCUUUGUUCCGAAUGCCAGAGCCAGAAGGCAGGGUAAGAAUAGUCUUCUUCUUGUCUUUUUGUUACGAUCUAUCGCGAUGUUAUAGUUGGCAGCAACAUGUUUUGGUGUUGCUGGAAGCUCUUGACAACGCUUAAAAAAGACCAAACUUUUGAGUCAAAAAGUCUCGACAUUUAUGUUUCGAGCUGGGUGUUCGUUUUCAAAGCUUUCCCAGCCAUUCUCGUCCCAAGAGCCCUGAUCCUUUUGGCCAGUGCCCGGCACGGAUCUAGAGCUCUUGCUGGGACCAGGAUAACACGCCGGCGCAGUAGUCUCACACUUUUGUAACCGUUGGUAACCCUUUUCACUUCAAAGUUUUGAUGCUGCACGGAAAGUCUGAAGCCCUUGAUUUGGGGAGUUCCGGCAUCUACUGUAGCUUUCGAUCUGCUGCGUUCAUCAUAAGGAUCAAAGCCUUUGGGACGAGAAUGUUGUGCACUCGACUGCGCAUUAAUUGUCGUAUCGUUAGUAGUGUAAGUGUAGUUUUAUCCCAAAAUGCGCAUGCGUGCGAGAAUUAUGUAUAGUAAAUGCCAGAAAAAUAAAAAGCUGGUUGAAAUGCAUUACAUUUGCUUUCACAGGUGAUCAUAGACAAUGUCAACAUCAAAGAUCUCAAUCUGCAGGCGGCUCGCAGGUCCAUGGCUGUUAUAACUCAGGAUCCUGUCCUCUUCAGCGGCAGCCUCAGAAGGAACCUAGAUCCAUUCUCUUUGUACGAAGAUCAUGACAUGUGGAGUGCCUUGGAAGAAGUACAGUUGAAGACCCUGGUGCGAGAUUUACCUGAACAACUAGAGUACAAGUUGAAAGAAUCUGGGACCAAUUUCAGUGUUGGCGAGCGUCAACUGGUCUGUUUAGCGCGUGCGCUGUUACAGAAAAGCAAGAUUAUAAUAUUGGAUGAAGCCACUGCUAAUGUGGAUUACAAAACAGAUCGUCUGAUUCAAGAAGUUAUACGCAACAGAUUUCAAGAUUCUACAGUGAUUACCAUCGCCCAUCGCUUGAACACCAUCAUGGACUAUGACAAAGUCUUGGUCAUGGAUCGGGGAAGAGUGGUGGAGUUUGAUAAACCUGACGUCCUGCUACAGAUUAAAAAUGGUCAUUUCUCUCGCCUUGUUCAGACUUACGAAAGGACUGCAGAUCACUGA